AUGGACUGGCCAGGACCUAGUAAAAAACGUAAGGUUAAAGAUGAAAAUCGGCAGUUUCAAGAAAUUUGGACUGAAAAAUACUUUUUUGUCUGGUCGCAUAACAAAGUCGUUUGUUUAAUUUGCAAGAAUUCUGUUGCGAUUGCAAAGGAAUAUAAUGUAAAAAGGCACUAUGAAACGCAGCAUCCUACUUUUACCAAGUUUACAGGCGAAUUAAGAAAGCAAAAAAUGUUGUCUUUAAAACGGGAGCUUAUUGGUCAGCGAACUAUGUUUACAAAACCCAUUCAAGAUUCAGAAACAGCUACAGAAGUUAGUUAUGAAAUUUCUCGAAUGAUAGCAAAAGGAAGUCGCCCCUGCAAUGAUGGGGAUUUUGUAAAAGAAUGCAUAGAAAUUUCCGCUAAGAAAAUGUGCCCAGAAGCAGCAAAUAAGUUUGAGAAAAUUCAACUGAAUCGUAUGAAUAUCCAAAGACGAAUUAUGUCUUUGUCAGGUAAUAUUGCCGAACAAUUAAAUGAAAAAACUAAGAUCAUUGAUUUUUUUUCAUUAGCACUCGACGAAUCCACUGAUAUUAGUUCCACAGCUCAACUUCUCAUUUUCAUACGAGGUGUUACUCAAGAUUUUGAAGUCUUAGAAGAGUUAUUAGGAAUGUGUUCAUUGAAAAGUCAAACCAGAGGAGUUGAUAUAGUCAAUGUACUUUUGGAUGAGUGUUCAAAAACUAAUUUGGACUUAUCAAAAUUAUCGGGAGUUGCGACUGACGGUGCUCCGAUGAUUGGUGUCAAUUCUGGUUAUGUAGAAAAGCUAGAUAUUUUGAUUCAAUCUUUUCAAGACAAAUUUUCGGAGUUUAAAAAAGUGAAACCUCUAUUGGACAUAUUCAGCAAUCCUUUCACGAUUUCAGUCGAAAAUGCGCCAGAGUCCAUGCAGUUAGAAAUUAUCGACAUUCAAAACGACCAAGGAGACUUGCUGAACUUUUACCGCUGCAUUGAUAUAAAUACGUAG